AUGUCGGAACACUCAGACACAACGACUUCCCAAAACACCACUACCUCUAAGUCAACAGAAUCAUCGACUUCGGACGGGAGGACCAACCCGACGACACGCCCUACGACCACGAUGUCAGACACAACGACGUCGAAAGAAACCACCACCUCCAAGUCAACAGAAUCAUCGACUUCGGACGGGACGACCAACCCGACGACACGCCCUACGACCACGAUGUCAGACACAACGACGUCGAAAGAAACCACCACCUCCAAGUCAACAGAAUCAUCGACUUCGGACGGGACGACCAACCCGACGACACGCCCUACGACCACGAUGUCAGACACAACGACGUCGAAAGAAACCACCACGUCCAGUAAGUAA